GCAACGGCCUAUACGGGUACUGGUCAAGAACAACUCUCAUUCGACAUUUGGGUAGUGUGAUGAACUCGUAUCACGUCAAGUACAAGUGCCUCCAGGAACUGGAGGAAGGGACACUCAAACCCAGGGAAGCCGCGAAGAAGUACAACGUGAACAAUCGGACAAUUUCUCGGUGGAAGGCCGACGCUGAGAGCAUUCGUCAACGGGUGGAGUCGGCGCCGCCCGGGGCCAAGUUGACGCGCAAGCCGCGCGCGGACUUCAAGCGCAAGGAGCGCCCUCUGUCCAAGGACGAACGUCGCUUCAAGAUGUUUGUCGAGUCGCGGGGGAAGACGUCGAAGCUGCGUAUGGCGGACGUGAUUGCCAAAUGUCAGCAACUGUUGCCGACGUCGGCGGGCAAGCAAGGUCACAACUUGUACAUGUACGUGUUUCGGUGGUUGCGGCGGCACAAGCUCAUGGAAUGCGUGACGUUCAACACGACCGGCCGACCCAAGGCCCACACGAGCGACGAGGACAACGACAUAGACGACAUAGACGACAUCAUGGACGAGGCCGCGGACGCCGCGUACUACGACGCGCAGGCGAGUUCCCACAUGGGCCCGUCUUCCUCGUCUUCGGCGGACGAGUCGAGCGACGGCGGCAAGGCGGCGCGGUCCGACGAGAUGAGUGUCAUCUACGCCCUCACUGCGCUAGCCGAAGGCAACUCGGGCAAGACUGGGAACCGCAGCAAGAAGCAGAAGAAAGCGAAGCCAUCAGCCCAAGUCCAGCCAGACGUUCGCGAUGGGAAAGCAGCGGGCGGACAACCUGACAAGGAAGGAAGUGAAGGGUCGAAGGAGCAGCAGCAGCAGUCGCCGACCAUGCCGACAGAGGCAUCCACGCAGGAGCAAUCGUAAGGUUAUAUAAAUAUAUGCCCAAGUAGCGUUAUGUACUGUUGGCGUGAUUAACUGUUAACUCAACGGUACAAUCUUCG